AUGGGAUUCGUCAAGGUGGUCAAGAACAGGUCGUACUUCAAGAGGUACCAGGUCAAGUACAGGCGAAGGCGUGAGGGCAAGACGGACUACCAGGCCCGUAACAAGAUGAUCAUCCAGGCCAAGAACAAGUACAACACGCCCAAGUACCGCCUGGUCGUCCGCGUGACCAACAAGGACAUCAUCUGCCAGAUCGCCUACGCCAAGAUCAAGGGUGACAUGAUCAUGACCGCUGCCUACUCUCACGAGCUCCCCCGCUACGGCCUCAAGACCGGUCUGACCAACUACGCCGCUUGCUACGCCACCGGCCUCCUGCUCGCCCGCAGGCAUCUGACCAAGCUCAACCUGGCCGAGAAGUACCAGGGUAAGACCGAGGUCACCGGUGAGGACUGGUCGUACAACCUCGACGAGAUUGAGGGUCCCAAGCCCUUCAAGGCCACCCUCGAUUCCGGCCUUGCCCGCACCUCGACUGGUGCCAAGCUCUUCGCCUCGCUCAAGGGUGCCUGCGAUGGUGGCCUCGACAUCCCCCACUCGGACACCCGCUUCGCCGGCUACUCCGCUGAGAAGAAGAAGCUCAACGCUGAGGUCUUCAGGAAGUACAUCUUCGGUGGCCACGUUGCCGACUACAUGAAGCAGCUCGCCGAGGAGAACCCCGAGAAGUACGCCAAGCAGUUCUCGCAGUACAUCAAGAACGGCGUCAAGCCCGAGGAUGUCAAGACCCUCUACGAGAACGUCCACAAGGCCAUCCGUGCCAACCCCGCCCACCAGAAGAAGCCCGUCGUCGCCAAGCGCUGGGCUCCCGCCAAGAGGUCGCUCAAGCAGCGCCAGGCCCGCGUUGCCCAGAAGAAGGCCAGCCACGCCAAGAAGCUCGAGGCCUAA